CCCGCCUCGGGUCCCAAACCUCCCGAGACGAGAACGAGGGAACAGGAUGCCCCAGGGGCCUCCCUCUGCCCCCCGGGGGACCUGCCCCGCCCCGCGAGGACGCCGGACGCCCACGAGUCACGCACACGAGCCCGCUCGACCCGGCACACGCCUCCCGGGCACCCCUCCUACCUAGCCACAAUGUGGCAUCUGGGGGUCCUGCUGCUACUGCUCCCCUCAGCUCUGGUGUCCCCGUCCUACGCCGCCCCGACUGGCGAUGCUGACCCACAGGAGAACCCUUCGGGAUUUCUAGGCCUUCAGAGUCUUUUCCAAGGCUUCAGCCGGCUUUUCAUGAAAGAUGGCCUACUACAGACUCUGGACAACUUCUUCUCUGCCCCCUUGGACUUCCAAGACCUCCCCAGGAAUUUGCACCAGGAGGAGAAGCAAGAGCGCAGGCUGGGGAACCGCACACUCUCCAGCCAUUUGCUGAUCGACAAGAUGACUGACAACAAGACAGGGGAGGUGCUCAUCUCAGAGAAAAUGGUGGCCUCCAUCCAGCCAGAGGGGAGCCUGGAAGAUGACUGGAAGGUGCCCAAGGUAGAGGAGGAGGCUGUGGUGCCUGUCCAGAAGGCCAGGGACAGCUUCCACCCAGAACUCCAUCCUCGGGUGGCCUUCUGGAUCAUGAAGUUGCCAAGGCGGAGGUCCCACCAAGACAUCCAGGAGGGUAGUCGCUGGCUUAUGGAGAAACGACACCGUCUGCAGGCCAUCCGGGAUGGGCUCCGAGAGGGUACUCGCGAGGACAUCCUUGAAGACAGAAUCCACAGCGCUCCCCACUCCAAGCCAGCCCGCAAGACUCACUUCCUGUACAUAUUCAGACCCAUGCAGUAGCUGUAGGGUGAGGACCCAGAUUCUACACUUGGGUGCAUUCCACACACACCCAACCCCAGCACUAUAUGGAAAUAAAACUCUUUGUUAUAUCUAGUACUAUCUCCUUUUGAGAUCUGUUCCCAAGUCCUGGCUGACUCUGGGAGUGACAUCUG